AUGAAACAGGAAUCGUGGGACGAUUUACAUUUGGCAAAUGAAAAAUCUAUUACUAAAAUCUUGGAGCCUGGAGAGUAAGUGUUAUUUUCAAGUCUACUCUAUAAAUUCAAUGAAGUCAAUAAACGCCAAGAGAGAACAUUACUGAUUACAAGCCAUAACCUAUACAAUCUAUCGAAAUUGACAGUGAAAAGAAAAAUACCUAUCAAAAGAGUUUAUGGAAUAACCAUAGGUCUGAUUGGUACAGAAUUCGUGGUGCACGUGCCUGAAGAAUACGACUAUAGAUAUUCAAGUUCAGAACGAAGAGAUCAAGCAGUAUUAAGCAUAAUCAAGGCCUAUUGUUUAUAACACAGAGGCACUGCAUUGCCAGUCUUCUACAAGGAUGAACUUACUCUCACUGCAUAUACGACAACUAAAGUGGACAAAAAAAAAGGUGUCAAUAGAUUACCAACCACUGGUUCGGAAUUAAUGAAUGAAGAGUAAUUCAGAAAGAGGAUAGAUUCAUAAACAGAAGAACGAUUGUAAACUCGAGCAAAGACUUCGACACUCUUCGCGAGAUAGAAGGGUGAGGUAGUAACAAUUGAUGACUUUGACCUAAUAAAAGUCUUGGGAAGAGGAGCCUAUGGAAAAGUGAUGCUGGUCGAGAAGAAAAGUGACAAAUAAUAUUAUGCUAUGAAAUCAAUUAGAAAAGAAGACAUUGCUGAUCCAGAAUAAUUAGAACACACCAAAACAGAAAGAUUAGUGUUGGAGCAUGUAAAUCAUCCAUUCCUUGUAAAUUUGCAUUGGGCAUUUUAAACACCUGAAAAGUUGUUUUUUGUUACUCAAUUCAUGAAGGGAGGAGAACUAUUUUAACAUCUGAAACAUGUCAAAAGAUUUGAUGAAAGCAGAACAAGAUUUUAUGUUUCAGAAAUUAUAUUAGCAUUAGAACAUUUGCAUUAGAAAAAUAUCAUCUACAGAGAUCUAAAACCAGAGAAUGUUUUAUUGGAUGAAGUAGGUCACAUUUGUUUAACAGACUUUGGAAUGGCCAAAAUGCUCAAAAAAAAUGAACUCGCCAAAUCAUUCUGUGGAACUCCUGAAUAUCUAGCUCCUGAAAUACUUCUAGAAACUGGACAUUCUCAAUCUGCAGAUUGGUGGGCAUUGGGCAUACUAACAUAUGAGAUGCUCUAUGCAUUACCUCCAUUUUACAAUAAAAAUCAAGAUUUGAUGUUUAAAUAAAUCCAAACCAAAGAAAUUACAUUCCCAACUACACCACAACUCUCCAACGAGGCCAAAGAUUUCAUUUCUAAAUUAACAAUUAAAGAUCCAAAACAAAGAUUAGGAACAGCCAAAGUCGAUGAAGUCAAAAAUCAUCCAUGGUUUAAAGGAAUCAAUUGGGAAAAACUCUUGAAAAAAGAAAUUGAUACUCCUUUCAAACCCUAAAUCCAAGGUGAUGCUUGGAUUGAUAAUUUCGAUAAACAAUUUACAGCAGAAGAAGCUAUCAAUUCAUAUGCCCCUGAGAAUAAUCUAGUCAACCAAGAUGAAUUUAGAGAAUUUGACUAUUAUUAAAAAUGA